AUGGGCAAACUAGCACCGGAUGUCUUCUUCAGAGCUCUUCAAAAGCGUGGAGUCAGACGGUUCUUUGGCGUCCCCGAUUCCCUUUUAAAAGACUUUUGCGCUUUUGUUACGGAUAACACUCAUCCGCGUGAACACGUUAUAACAGCGAACGAAGGUAACGCUGUGGCAAUGGCGACAGGUCAUCAUUUGGCGACGGGGGAAUUCCCUCUGGUUUAUAUGCAGAAUAGUGGACUUGGAAACAUCAUAAAUCCCUUGCUCAGUCUUGCCCACGCAGAGGUGUACCGUAUUCCAUUCUUGUUGGUUGUGGGUUGGCGAGGCGCACCCGGUGUGAAGGAUGAGCCGCAGCAUGUGGCGCAGGGGCGUCUGAGUGAAAACCUCCUGCGGGCCACGGAGGUGCCGUACUCUGUGCUUUCGGCGGACUGCGACGAUGUGGAGGCAUCGAUGCAGGCUAGCCUCGACGCGGCCAUCGCUCACAUGCAGGGUGCUGGAACACCCUACGCCCUCUUAAUGCAUUCCGGCUUGUUUAGCAAGUACCAAAUCCAGGGGCAGCGGGAGGAAAUCAAGGGGCUCCCCCUCUCUCGUGAGGAGGCAAUUGAGCAGGUGGUGCGCCAGCUGGACAGCACGGAUGUCGUAGUGAGCACUACAGGCAUGCCCUCGCGCGAGGUAUUUGAGAUACGUGAGCGCACAGGGGCAGGGCAUGCCCGCGACUUUCUCACUGUUGGCGGUAUGGGUCACUGCUCGUCCAUUGCAGCAGGUAUCGCAUUGGCUAAGACGACGAGGCAAGUGUUUUGCCUCGAUGGCGACGGUGCAGCCAUCAUGCACAUGGGCUCGCUAGCUGUUCUUGGAGGAGCAGCGGCCUUUAAACCAAUAAACACGAAGGAGCCGCACCUCCUUCAGAACUACAAGCACAUUGUAUUCAACAACGGAGCCCAUGAUUCAGUAGGAGGACAACCCACCGCCGCCUUUGAUGUCUCUCUCACACAGGUCGCGAAGGCGUGCGGGUUCACUGUUAUUCGUGAGGAUCCUGUUCUGGAUGUCGGUGAGUUGGUCAAGGCUGUGGCGGAGCUGAAGGGCGCCACAGGCCCAGCCUUCUUGGAGGUUCUUGUGCGGAAAGGCAACCGCCCGGAUCUUGGUCGUCCAACGACAACCCCGCAGCAAAAUAAGGCGGCCUUCAUGGAUUUCCUACAGCAAAAGUGA